AUGGCGUCCAAUGAUGUUCUUAACGAGAUUGUGGCAGAAGAAAAAUUGUUUGAAAUAUGGCCAGACCACCCCUGUCUUUAUGACGUUCGUUCAGCUGAUUUUAAGAAUAGAGAUAGACGACAAAAAGCUUUAGAAGAAAUUGCAAUUGCGGUUAAUCAAAAUGGUAACAAUACUUCAUGAAUUAUUUAUUUGUUUAUUGACUUUAUAUAAUUCUAUUCAGGUAUUUCUACACAAUAACAGGAAAGUCACAUAUGUUUUUAUAUUUUGCAACAGUUGACUGGGUAAAAAAUAAACUCAAAGCCCUCAGAAACUGCUUUACAAAAGCGAAAAAGCCACCACCUUCCGGAAGUGCAAUGAGAAACCCUUCGAAGCAAACAACUUGGGUCUUGGAUAAAUUACAGUUUCUUGAGCAAUUCAUUGCCACAAGGUCAACAAUGUCUAACUUGGACGAGGUAUGAUAAUUGUAAUGUGUUUGUGAGAUCAACGUUAUUUGAGACCACACAUGUAUUCCUGUCACGGUACGGAACCCGAGGCAGAUAAAAAAUGAUUUGCCAACUCUGUGUGCUGGUUUUUCGCAUUGGUUGUCGAUGAUACAAAUUGCUUCGCUCCAAAAAUAUAGUUAAAAGAUGAACAAUAAAGUACGUAAUGUUGGAAUGUCCUGCAACAACAAGACCUUUGGUAGGAUAAUUUUACUAAUAACAUAUUCAGUAAUUUCAUCCUUUUCACUUUCUUUCAACCUUCAUUUUUGUAUUGUGUAAUUCAUUAUAACUUUGUAAUAAUUUGUUUUCUCUGGUUUCACAUAUGUUCAGUGCUCCUAAACUCUCCUGCAUUCUGGUUUCACUCUGCAAACUCUAUCUACCACCCCCCUUAAAAAAAAACCCUGCUGAAGAAGACUGUUAGGUCGAAACGCGUACAGGGUUGCCUUUCCUAUUCCAAUUCAAUCUCUCGCUCUUAUAUAUCCUCGCUCGCCAUCAUCGUGUCACAUAAAAUUCACAUAUUCAGUUACUAUCUAAUCGUAGUUUCCCUUGUUUUUUGCGUACAUGUUCACCAUCACAGGAGUCGGAGUAAAUAAAUAAAGGAUAACCGUUUGAACUGCUGGUCCUCAUUAUUUAGGUUACACAAUGUCUUACACCAGUACUUGUCCAAUUACCUAUUUCAUACCAAUGAAUGAAUGUCGAUAUUACUUGUAGGGAACGGUAGAGCUAUUCACGCUCCUUGUACUGUUUGGUAGUUAUGACAUUGACCCGCCAUCCCCCACUCCGUAACAAUGGCCCAUUAUGUUUAGUAUAUAGCCUAUAUCCAUUAACUCUUAAUAUAUAGCUUGACCCUUGCUUAUUUUUAUUAGUUCACAAAUGAUAUGUUUGCAUGAUUACAUGUUUUAAUUAAUAGUAUAUACCUGUUUGCAGUGUGAUAUAAUUGCUUAUGUACGUUGAAAUUUCGGACAGUUAAUACAUAGCGAUAUUUUAACUACAUCUUGCUAUCCGUAUUGCGUUUACUCAGGGAUCAAUUCCAAUAACACAGUCAUAUUUAAUUUAUUUAGUUCCUCCUCCCGGAAUCAGAAUCCGCUGUUCAUAAUAAUAAUAAUGACAAUGACAUGCAACAUAAUAUUAAUAGCAAUAACACGAAUGUUGAGAGCUCCAAUAACGAGACUAAUGCUUGUACAGAUACUAAUACCCUAAUUUCUGAAACACCCGAAGUAAAUCCACCCGCCAAUACCAGAGAGAGUGAGGAUAUAACCAGCCAUUCCCAAGUAUUGGUAGAGGAUAAAAUGACUGAAGCACUAAUGGUAGAAUUAAUGAAAGAUGAUAAUCAGAUUGACAUGCAGACUGACCCAAUAACCGAACAAAUGUUAUUAGGCCCAGAUGAUGACAACAUUAACCAUGACACUGCAACUAACAAUAAUACCCAAGACUCCUCAGACUCGAAUGGACUAGAAGGCUUAACACAGAAAACACCAGAUAUUACACGUAAACAUCACCCCUCUAAUACUAAUUAUGUUAACCUAGAUACUAACCAGACCAGAAACAUUAUUAACAGUAUUCCUAAUAAUUUACAUAGGACCUUUUACGGCAUUGAAUAA